AAGAGAAUGAUCAGGUGUUUGCUUCUAAUUUCCUUGUUGAUCCAUUCUUCAGAAUCAAAAGAAGUUCCAGCAGUUAACAAGAAAUGGCUAACUCUAAAUGGUCAGCCGCCUGCUGUAAUUGCUAGAGGUGGGCUUUCAGGGGUUUUCCCAGAAUCCUCUAGCUUAGCACUUAAUAUUGGAAGGGAUUCAAGCUUAAGAGAGAUGGUUAUGCUCUGCAAUUUACAACUAACAAAAGAUGGCCUUGGAUUAUGCCAGGAAAACGUCACCCUUGAAGCUUCAACAAAUAUAGACAUGAUCUACCCAGAUCAAGCCAAAACCUACAAAAUAAAUGGCAAGGAUGUUAAGGGGUGGUUUUCUGUGGAUUUUACAAUGGCCCAGCUAAGUGCCAAUGUAACAGUGAAGCAAAGUAUAUCAAAUCGGCCAAAAUUGUUUGACAAUAAAUUUCCCAUACUUACCGUUGAUGAUAUUUUCCGAGCUCAAAUCCAAUCAUAUUGGUUGAAUGUUCAGAAUUAUAUGUUCUACAAUGAACACAAACUAAAUGUGGCAUCAUAUAUUCAAAAGGAAAGAAUUUUUCGGCUUGUCAAUUAUAUCUCAUCUCCUGAGAUUGGUUUCUUGAAGGCAAUGAAAGGAAAAGCAACCAACCCCAAGACUAAGCUCAUUUUCGUUUUCCUUGAAAAAGAUGCAAUUGAACCCUCGACCAGCAAAACAUAUGGUUCAAUAUUGGAAGAUCUUGCCACAGUCAAGACAUUCGCAUCUGGGAUUGCUGUCCCAAAAAAUUACAUAUGGCCUGUAAACAAAGACAACUAUUUGGAGAGCUCCACAACUCUUGUCCUUGAUGCUCAUAAACUGGGUCUUGAAGUACAUGCUACUGGCUUUGCAAAUGACUUGGCUACAGUCUAUAAUUAUACUUAUGACCCUAUAUCUGAGUACUUGCAAUUUAUCAAUAAUCCGCAGUUUUCUGUUGAUGGGGUGGUUUCAGAUUUUCCUCCCACAGCAUCAUCAGCUCUUGCAUGCUUUGCACAUUUCAGUAAUCUAAACUUUACUAAGGCGGGUAGACCUUUGAUCAUAUCUCACAAUGGAGCAAGUGGAGUUUAUUCUAACAGCACAGAUCUUGCUUAUCAACAAGCAUUAAAUGAUGGGGCUGACAUAAUAGAUUGCUCAGUUCAAAUGACAAAGGAUGGGACGGCAUUCUGUAUGGGUUCUGCAGAUCUUACAACAGACACUACCGCAACGACUACCUUCUCAGCCCGAUCUGCCACUAUUCCUGAAAUUCAACCGAAUGCCGGAGUCUUUUCUUUUGAUCUCACAUGGAGUGAAAUUCAGACAUUGAAACCUCAAUUGGGAAGCCCUUUUGCAAACGGUGACAAGUAUCCAAGAAACCCUGCAUACAAGAACACAGGUAAAUUUGUAACUCUGGCUGAGUUUCUGGAAUUCGCCAAAGCCAAGGCAGCAUCUGGAGUUCUAAUCAACAUAGAGAAUGCUGCUUACCUAGCUUCAAAGAAGGGUCUUGACAUAGUAGGUGCAGUUAGCACUGCCUUGAGCAAUGCCUCUUUUGAUAAGCAGUCCGCACAAAUAGUCUUAAUCCAAUCAGACGACACUUCAGUGUUGUCCAAAUUUCAGAAUGUUACUGCAUAUGAAAGAGUGUUUUCCCUUAAAAAAGACAUAGGUGAUGCACCGGCGAAGUCUGUAGAUGAAAUCAAGAAGUUCGCUAAUGCAGUUAAUGUCCCAAGACAAUCCAUCGUUCCAGUACACCAAGGCCUUGCUAAAGCUGCUACCCAAGUUGUAGCCGAACUGCAAAAAGCCAAUCUAACCGUAUACGUCUCUGUCAUGAGGAAUGAAUUUUUUAGUCUUGCAUUUGAUUUCCUCUCUGAUCCCACUGUAGAAAUUGCUACUUUUGCUCCCUUCAACGUUAGUGGGAUCAUCACGGAGUAUCCAGCAACUGCAAACAGAUUUUUCAGAAAUUUAUGCUCAGAUCUCAACUACAAUGUUGAAUUUGCCUUAUUACCUAUUCAACUACCAUAUCUAACUCAGUUCCUUCCUGAUGGUAGUCAACCACCAGUAGCUGCCCCUUCUCCAGCCCUCGACGUUGAAGAUGUUGUUGACCCACCACUACCAGCGGUAGCCAAAGUCGCUAGUAGCAGCCCUGGUCCAAGCACUAAGCCAAAAUCUCCUUCAAUAGCUGGUUUGGGUCGUUCUCUGCUGGCAACUUCAUGCUUUGCACAUUUCAGUAAUCUAAACUUUACUAAGGCAGGUAGACCUUUGAUCAUAUCUCACAAUGGAGCAAGUGGAGUUUAUUCUAACAGCACAGAUUUUGCUUAUCAACAAGCAUUAAAUGUUGGGGUUGACAUAAUAGAUUGCUCAGUUCAAAUGACAAAGGAUGGGACGGCAUUCUGUAUGGGUUCUGCAGAUCUUACAACAGAUACUACCGCAAUGACUACCUUCUCAUCCCGAUCUGCCACCAUCCUGAAAUUCAACAGAAUGCUGUAUCCAAGAAACCCUGCAUACAAGAACACAGGUAAAUUUGUAACUCUGGCUGAGUUUCUGGAAUUCGCCAAAGCCAAGGCAGCAUCUGGAGUUCUAAUCAACAUAGAGAAUGCUGCUUACCUAGCUUCAAAGAAGGGUCUUGACAUAGUAGGUGCAAAUGAUACUGCAUACGAACGGGUGCUUUCCCUUGAAAAAGUAGGUGAUGCAACCCCAAGAAAUUUAUGUUCAGAUCUCAACUACAAUGUUGAAUUCGCCUUAUUGCCUAUUCAACUACGAUAUCUAACUCAGUUCCUUCCUGAUGGUACUCAACCACCAGUAGUCGCCCCUUCUCCAUCCCUCGACGUUAAAGAUGCUGUUGAACCACCACUACCAGCAGUAGCCAAAGUCGCUAGUAGCAGCCCUGGUCCGAGCACUAGUCCAAAACCUCCUUCAAUAGCUGGUUUGGGUCGUUCUCUGCUGGCAACCUGGCUGUUGGGUUCAAUCUGUAUGGGAUAUUAG